CAGGAUGAUCUAUUUAUUUUCUCUCUCUGCAGCUUUGUUAUAAUGCUUCAAGCAAAACAGAAUGGCUGUGAUACAGUUUUGCUGAAACAACAACUGCGGCGCUACUCAGCAGACCACGUGAAAAUAACCAAAGAAGACACAGAGCAAGCUAAACGUCUAGUAGACAACUACAUCAAAAAGGAAAUCUUGCCAUGCAUCUGCAGCGAAUCAUCCCUUCCAAUUAGUAAGCAAGAAUACACAGGAAGCUUGUAUGAGAAGCUUAAGACUGAAGCAGCAGAUGAAGUUGAUGUUAUGGUUAUCCUACAGACAACAAAACAGGAAGUAACCCAAGAAGAUGCUAGUGUCCCUGGGUUUGUGCUUCUCAAAGCAUCACAGGAUUCCCAGCUGCGGAAGUAUGCUAAUGCAGCAGGAUACAUUCUGCCUGAGAAGCUACGAGCCAGCUGGUUUUUUGGCCUUGUCCAAAAGGCUGUAAAUCAACUCCAAGAAAAGGAUCCUGCAUUACCUAUAAAGCUUGAAGUGCGAGCUCAUGGUCCGGCAGUGCAGUUAGAUAUCACAGACAAGGAAACAGAAAAAAAAUUGUCAGCUGAUCUGGUUCCAUCUUUUCAGCUUAGUGCUACAGAAUACUUCGUUGCAAAAUCAUACACUGGGAAAAUAUCCCCAGCAUGUGACUCAAAGCUUCUCUGGAGGCAGUCGUUUUCACUGAGGGAGAAAGCAAGAUUACAGGAUAUGGACAAGGAAGAUCACGGUUGCAGGCAUGAACUUCUCAGAAUCAUUAAAACCCUCAUCCGUUCAGAGACUACCUUUGCUAAACUGACCAGCUACCAUCUGAAGACAGUUUUCUUGCACUACAAUUCCAAUCCAAAACUAAAGUGGGGUGUAGAUAAGCUGGGAGAGAGAUUUCUUGAGUACAUGGAAUUAUUGCACACAGCCCUGGCAAGGAAGAACCUUGAUCACUUUUGGGUGGAAGGAGUGAACUUGCUGGAUAAUAUACAGGAUAAAGCACUAGAAAACAUGGCUGAUCGACUGCGCAAAAUUUUGGACAAUGACAAGGAGAGAAGUAAAGUCCUUAAAUGUGAAAGUAAGGCAGAUUAAUUUUUAUUAUUAACUGUUUUAAUUUGGCAACUGGGAAUAAUUAUUAUUGUAACUAUUAAGUUCCAAGAGUGACCAACAUUGAUUUUCUCCUAACAAUAUCUAUACAUCGUCAAGAGAGUAGGUUAUGAGAAUUACUAAAAUGAUCAUCAGAAGGAAAAAUUAAGCUUUGAUCUUUUGUCAAAUUGUCUCAGUAUUUCUUAUAAGGAAAUGUAUGAAGAUCAGUUGGGAGCAUUUCUACAUGGAUAUUGAGUCUUGAAAGGUUAAUACAGUUUCAAAAAGAUGAGGAAAUAUAUCAUUAUUAUCAAAUCCCUCUUGAUUAAAAUAAAUUGUUUGAUAAAGUAUUUGGUAAAAAGGGCAAAGAGAUCGAUAACCGCUGAAAGAGGUUCUCAGUCGCAAUUAAAGUAGAGAGUUGUUAGAGUCCUUUCGUAUGCAUACCCUUUCAACAACACAAGCGUCACCUUAUAUUGCUCAUAUCUGAAGCCAGAUUUAAGGCUGAACUGCAUGUGCAUGUAAUUAUUAUCUAAGUGUGAAUUUCCAUUUGUUUUCAGUGCAGCUAGAUAGUAAUGGAAGAAAGGCAAGAGAAAACUGUCCUGCAAUCACAUCUGGAGAGCAGAAACAAACUCUGCCAAACAUGUGUCAAACUUCAACUGAUUUACUGCAGCUUCUGCGAAAAUUCCUCAACCAACUAGGAACCAUUCUAAGUGAUGAAAUCAAGUGGUCAAAAGAAAUGAUUGAAGAGUAUAUGACAAAAGGGGUACUCAAAUACUGCCAGGAUAACUCUCCUAUGAUAAUAAGCAAGCCUGAUUAUGGAGGAAGCUUGUAUGAGAAUCUGAAAAUCACUGGUCCUGAUGAGGACGAUGUGGUAAUUCAUGUCAUCUUGAAGGCAAAGAAAGGGCUUGUUACUAUUAAUGUGGAGAACCCUGGUUGUGCAACCAUCAAAGCAGUGGAAGGUUCCCCAUACAAUUACAAGGAGUAUUCACGUGAAGAUGGCCUCUUGAUGCCAAAGAAAUUCAAGUCAUGGCUAUUUAAACUGGUCAAUUCUGCUGUUCAAGAAUUGAGCUCCAAAGGAGCUGCAUCCAUGUCUUUGAAGGCUUCUAGUUGCAACACUGGUGUUAAAGUCAUCAUCAAUGACCAAACCAAGACACUGGAAGUAAAGCUUGUACCAACAUUUCCACUCAGCAGCGAUGAAUACUUUGUUCCACCAUCACAACAAGGCAAUCUCCCAGGUACUGAAAGAUGAAUCCAGGGUCACGGCUGUAAGCAUAGUCAUGAUUUUUUUUCUUUCAGUAACCAUGUUGUUACCUGGGAGUAUAGAGUCUGUUCUAGGCUCCAAGAUAGUAAAGAGUGAGGCUGGGGCUGCCCCCUUCCCCAGAACAUGUGCUGUCUCAUUUUUGCAAUGUUCCUACUAUCAGCCUGGAACAGCAGUUGAAUACAGAACACCAAUGUCAAGUUCAUAUUAACAAUAUGAUUACCACAAUGUCAUGAAUUAUAAUAUAAUUCAUGAUAUUGUGGUAAUUUAUCUGUAACUCCUAAAAUUAUAAAACUAAUAAUUGUUUAUCAUAAAGGUUUCAACAUCCGCGAUACACACUCCCUUCCAUGACAAGUUCAUGACUUAACUGAUAAAAAAGUCUCAGAAUUCCAAAAGAAAAGGAAAAGCACAGAAAGAAAAAAACAGUUCUCAUAUUUUAUUUUCAGCUGGAACUGACAGCGAAACAGCAUGGGUCAAGUCAUACACACUGAUGCAGAAGUCUCUUCUAAAAGACAUGGAUAAGGAUCAAGGAUGCCGUCAUGACCUGUUCAAGAUAACCAACACAGUUCUCAGACGGGAACCAACCUUUUCCCAUCUAUCCUCUUUUCAUGUUAAAACUGCACUACUGUGGUACAACCAAACAACCACUGAGUGGAAGAGGGAGCAACUUGCAGAGAAGUUUACUGGGUUUGUGGGCUUUCUAAGAGAUGCACUUCAGUGCAAAGAUCUCAAGCAUUUCUGGAUCACUGAUGUUAAUCUGCUAGCAGAAAUUUCAGCAGUCACUCUAGGAAAUAUGGAGUCAAGGUUGACGAAGAUUCUUAACAGUGAACAGGAAAGAAGUAAAGUGCUGAAAGCUGAGCGACAAGAGGGGAAAAAACAAAGUGCAUUACAAGAGGAUAAAGUUUGA